AAAACAAAAAGGAAAUUCUUGGCGCCUUUGUAGGUUUCUGAUUUUCCCCCUCUUUCGAUCAUUUGAAGCAAAAAUUCGAUUUUCUCGCUCGAAUUUUCUUCGUUCUGGGAGGCGACGUCGACAACACUCGCAUUUGGUUUAACUUUGGUGGAAUUUGGUAAGAAUUUGACGGAUCCGUAUUUCGCUGUCCUGUUGCGCUGAUUCCGGCAUCUGGCUUUGCUAACACUUUCUGGGAUGAAGUUCAAGGCAUUUUUGACUGAAAGCGGUGUGAAUCUCUUGGAGAGGAGAUUCCUUCCGGCCUUCGACAAAAUGGGUAAGACGUGCCAUCUUUUCCUCACGAGAGAACACUUGUUCUUCCUCCACAACCUUCUCAAUGGCGAUGGGGUGCAAUGCAUAGCUCAGUUCCGCAAAGAAGUUCUCUUCGACGAUUAUCGUAUAUCCAGCCAGAAUGAGGAUCGAAUCGCCUUUUCCUUGGACGUAUCCCUUCUGUACCGAGCAGUGAGGAGCAGUGUCAGCAUUUGUACUGAAUUCAGUGGCGGGUCGGCUCCUAACAGAUUGCAGAUCAAACUGGUGAAGAAGCUGCCUCCUAAUUGUACUCAGCCAAUGCCAUUUCUCACGUUUGAAACCAAGGGCUACAAAUCCGCAGUUAUUCAAGAUGUGCCCAUCUCGAAACCGUUAUCUAGGUCUCAGGUCCUCGAGCUACAGACAGCUCUCGAUUCAGCUCAAGAUCUGCCCCCGACCCUUGUUCAAGUGCCGGACCCGAAUCAGUUGCAGAUCUAUGUAGAUCGAAUGAAACAUGUCGGGGACGUCCUAAAUGUCUCGAUAAGCAAGUAUGGUGACCUGCAGGUGCAAAUCUCGACGACCUUAAUCAGGCUUGGCACUGAAUUCCAAAAGCUUUCGGUCAUUGGCGAGAAAUCUCAGGCUCCAGUGGAGGAUCGAAACUUGAGUGCACAGACUCGGUCCGAGAGGGCAAUCGCGAGAGGAGAUGCUCAGUCCGUGCAGGUGAGUGUAAAGCAUUUUUCGAAGAGCCUUCAGUGUCACUUGGCCAAACCCGACAGUGCUUUCUAUGGGAUCGCUCCACAGGGCGCUUGCCUUACUGUUAUUUUCCAGUUCUUCGUUCCCGGGACCCGUCAGACGGAUAAAUCCGUGAGUUUUCACUGCCGGCUUCCUGUCCUGGAUCCAGGUUCAAACUGAUAUCUAAUCUACCUUUUGCAGGUUACAAACUCUAAGGUCGCAACAAGAUUUGUAUGUUCUGGUUUUUAUCUUUAUGCAUCUGUAAAUCUCCAUGAUUACAGACAGAUCUCAGGGCUUGUUUUUGUUGUGUCCUUGUCCUCUGAAUCGAUCAACCCAGAUUGGCAAUGGCCUCAUUUGUCGGUUUUCCGGUUUGAGAGUGUAACUAAGCAAAUUUCAUUACCACAUUUUCGACAAUUUAUUUGAUUAUGCUCUUUGUCUUGUA